GUUAGUUCCAGCUGUUUGAAAACACAAGGUUGUUUAAGGUCCAUCAUGAGUUAAUGUUUAAACCUGAUUGACGAGCUCUCCAAAAUCAACUCGACUUGAUGGAAAAUGGACUUGAUUUGGCUCCUCACUUUGUUCCAGAGCUAUUCAGCAGUGGUCUCCAGGCCCAGGUCGGACGAUAAACCCGAAAUCCUCCUGAGCAGAGCUGAAAUUCAAGAUGGUGACACGAUGACCAUCAGCUGCCUCCUUCCAAUCAUCUACAGGGGCGGGACUUGUCGCCUGUUCAGGAAACAUUCCACUGUGCCUUUCAGACAGAUGAUCGCUCACACUUACGACUGUGACUUCCACCUGACGUCCUCUGAGCUGUUGGGGUCACAGCUGACGGGCAGGGUGGUCCGAUUCAAGUGUGAUUACACCCUGCAGCAGUACACAUCGGCGUUCAGCGAUUCCGCGAUGAUGAUCGUUUGGGGCCUUUGUUCCGUCCCCAGGUAGCCGUCCGAGCCCCAGUCUCUCCGUCAGGCGUCACGUCGUCUCAUUGCAAGACACAGUGGAGGUGAUGUGCACUCCUCCACGUCAUGAGGUUUCCUCCUAUUGUGAAUUCUACAAGGACAGGACCAAGGUCAAAGUAGAAUCCUGUACGUACAACAUCACGGGCAGUCAACUCCUCAUCUGGGAAAAUCCGGCCUUGCUAACGCCCGUCAACCUCACCUGUCGCUACAUAACUGACAGCUACUUUCGCUCAGAGCCCAGUAAUCACCACAUGAUAUUUGUCGUCGAUGCAGCUCAAGCAAUCACAUCGACCGUGUGUGGGGUGUCUCUGGAACAAGGAGAAGGGGAAUGGCAGUUUGACAGUGGAAGAGAAAGCACAGUCACUGUGAGGGCCGCCAGCAGUGACCAGCAGGCUAACAGCACCUGCGUCGCUGUAUCUGACCAAACUAGUCUGGAGGAAUCAGGACUUGGGGCAUAGCUUGGUGAAAAAGUGAUCCGGUGCCUUCAACAUCUCGCAUGUGCGAUAUCUUGUAUCACGACCAUUUUAAACAUUCAGCUCAACUAUUUCCACUUUGCUUCGCUCGCCUGGUUCAUCCAGUUAAUACUCACAGUAGCUUGAGUUUUUGCUGACACCACGUGGUCUCAAAGGUGUAUGGCAUGAGUGAAUGUUCUGUACACCACCUUCAUCAUGGUGAAGAACCUCCCCUAACCCUCCCUCCAAAAAAAUAAAAUAAAAUAAAACACUGUUGAAUCACAAUAAACCUGGUCUCCUGAACCCCUCAUGUGCUCUCUAGAUGAAACAACAUGAGAUAUUGUCUAAACACCAGAUGGUCUAAGGUCCAUCUCCUGUUAAUACUUAAACCAGACAAGCAACCUCUUCUGUCACAAAUCCACUGGAAUUGAAGGAUAAUGGACCAAUUCUGGCUCCUCACUUUGUUCCUGAGCUAUAUGGCAGUGGACGCCUGGCCCAGAAGGGCUGACAAACCCCACAUCCUCUUGAGUGACGAUGAAAUCAAAGAUGGCGACACGAUGACAAUCACCUGCCUUGUUCCCAUCGACUAUGGGGGCGGGACUUGCAGCCUGUACAGGAAACAUUCCAAUUUUCCCUUCAGACAGGUGACCGCAGACCGUUUCACCUGCAAAUUCCACCUGACCUCCUCUGAGUUGCUGGGACCAAGGCCGGUGAGCCGUGAGGUCCGAUUCAAGUGUGACUACGCCCUACAAGAGUACUUGUCGGCGUUCAGUGAAAAUGCUGUGCUGGAGGUCUGGGGGAGCCGUCCGAGCCCCAGUCUCUCUGUCAGCCGUCACGUGGUCUCUUUGAAAGACACAGUGGAGGUGAAUUGCCCUCCUCCACCUUCAGAGUCGUCCCACCGCUGUGACUUUUACAGGGACCAGUACAGGAUCAAAUCUGCAUCCUGCCACUACAACAUCACUGGCAAUGAGCUUGUCAUCUGGGAAAAGCCAGCCGUGCUAACGCCCGUCAACUUCACCUGCCGCAACCGACCAGAGGAAUACGUUCGCUCAGAGCCGAGCAAUCACCACAUGAUGUUCGUUGUUGAUGCAGCUCAGGCCACCACGUCGAUGGUCUGCAGGGUGUCAGUGGAACACGGAGAAGGGGAAUGGGUGUUCGAUGGUGACAACAAAAGGACAGUCACUGUGAGGGCCUCCAGCAGUGACCAGCAGGCUGAGAACACCUGCAUCGCCGUACCUGACCAAACUAGUCCAGAGAUAUCAGCCCCCGGGCCAUAGACUGUCCUGAACGAACAAGGAGCUUUGAUCAUCAGAUGCUUAGUUAUCAAAGUAAUUUGAUUUCUGAUUCACUGAAAACUCUUGAUAUGGUAUCAUUUCUGGAGUAAAGAUCAGCAGUACAACUGAAUUUCUAUAAGGUCUGACCUGUUUCAAAGGUCAUUCACGUAUGUUUCUGAAGAGUGUGUUGUGUUUGUGAGUGGCUUCACUGAGGAGCAGUUGUUGGUGAAGAAGAAGAAACAUUUGUCUUGUGACAAAAAUGACAGCGUAUUAAGGUUGAUGAUUCACAACGAACAGAAUCACAAGCGUCAGCUGAAAAUUUAAAUGAUGUACGUUUGUGACCCUUUUUGAAGGAUCGCAGGAGCGGAACAUUUUGGUCAAUCACAAUUUAAAUAGAAACACCUAGGCAGAUCAAGCAGAGUAAAAGUCGACCUGUUUUCACACCACUUCAUUCAAUGAUAUUUUGAAGUUACUAAGUACAGUAAUUUAGGCUCUAAUCUGCUAUGUGUGCCUGUUAUGUCACUGUGUUUUGCUGCAGGGAACACAAAUGCGCCCCAUUUCAUCAAGACUUAGUUAAGUACUUCAAAGUAAAAGAAAAAGUAUAACCAAUCUGUUUAGUGUCAUCUCAUCUAAUGGAAACGAACUGCAGCAGCCAAAUAUUAAUUUUAAUUAUUAUUGUAGCUUGAAUUAACUAGCACUGCAGUCAAAUUCAAUUGAACUCUGAAUUUAUGUUGUGCAUUGAA